CCCAUGAAUUUUGAUAUAAAAAGAGUCAGGCAUCAAAUAUUAAAAAAGAUAAAGCCUGAGUUCAAAGAAGAACAUGCUAAGGCAGAAACUUUAAUGAAUGACAUUCAAAGUCAUGAUUAUAUUACAAUGAAUUUGUCUAAAUAUCGUACUUUGUCAUUAGAGUUGGCUGAGGAAGCUAAUUAUAGUAAACAAUUUUAUAGUGCGGAAAAUGCGUAUAGUAAUCAGAGUAGUUUGUUUUCAUUUGAUAGUACCAAACAAGCAUUUGAAUUUAAAGAUAGUGGUAAUGGAAAAAUUCCACUUGAAGAGAAUGAGCAACUCAAAGCUAUUGAAGAUACUAAGGUUACUUCAAAGAGUUCAAAGAGACGAAAAGGAAUAGUUCUGUUUAUUCGCAUAUUUCCGUGUUUUGUAGAGCGUAUAGAAUAUUCAAUGAAUAGAGCUGAUAAAUUAGAAAUACGUCAAAUUGUGAAUAGUGGUUAUGAAAAGAUUGUUAAAACGAUGUUUGAUUGUUUAGAAGCGAUUUCAAAAGACGAAGAAUCGCUAAUGACUUUAGAAGCUUAUGCCAAAUCUGUUGUCCGGAGACCGUUUGGUAAACUGCUGGAAUUCUUUGAAGGAAUAAAAAGUCUUUUAAGAACGACGUCAGCACCAGAAGAAGUUGGAUUUCGGCUCAAAUAUAGCAAAGAUGCUUUAAAGAAACUUGUGCCACA